UAUGUGCAUACUCUUCAAAUUCACCGCCACUUCUGCCGCCCUCCAUAAGCUCCGUCGCGCCCCUUUUCCUCUCAGUCUCCGAUCUCUGAUCCCUCCGAUGGUGGCAGCAUCGUAAUUUUCCGCGGCACCGUCGACGGCACCUCGAAAACCUUGAGACCCAGUGUCUUGGUUUCUCGCAAGUCCAGCGAUAAAGGCGUCGUUCUUCAAAGAACUCAAUCGCUGCACGGUGUUUGUCCACUGUUUUCUGCUUCCUAUUUGCCUGAGUUUAUCUGAUCUCUGAAGAAACAUGGCUGCCAAUUUCUGGACAUCAUCUCAUUACAAGCAUCUUCUGGAUCAGGAAGAUGUGGAUAUGGUGAAUCCACUUGACAAGGAAAAGGGUAUCACACUGGAGGAUUUUAAGCUUAUUAAGAUGCACAUGGCUAAUUAUAUUUUGAAAUUGGCUCAACAAGUAAAAGUGAGGCAGAGGGUUGUGGCCACAGCAAUUACAUACAUGAGGCGUGUUUACACCAGGAAGAGUAUGACUGAAUAUGAUCCACGUUUGGUAGCUCCAACAUGCUUGUACCUGGCAUCAAAAGCAGAAGAAAGCACAGUGCAGGCUCGGCUUCUUGUAUUUUACAUUAAAAAAUUAUACACUGAUGACAAGUAUAGAUAUGAAAUCAAGGACAUACUUGAAAUGGAAAUGAAGAUUUUAGAAGCGCUUAAUUAUUACCUGGUUGUAUACCAUCCAUACCGUUCACUAUCUCCGUUGCUUCAGGAUGCAGGUCUGAAUGAUCUAAACAUGACUCAACUAACUUGGGGGUUUGUAAAUGACACAUACAAGAUGGACCUAAUUCUUGUACAUCCUCCGCAUUUGAUUGCUUUAGCUUGCAUAUACAUUGCUAGUGUGCUCAGGGAGAAAGACACCACUGCUUGGUUUGAAGAACUUCGCGUUGAUAUGAACGUGGAACCAAGAGGUUUCAAUACUAAAGGUCUAUUCGAGGAGGCAAAGGAACGGACAAGAUGUAAUGGGCGACUUAUUACUGGGAAGCCCAGAUAGUAAAAUAAGUAGUUAGAGAGGUCUGUUUGACAGUUAGGGAGUUAAGAGGAGAGGGGCUUAUAAAUAUCAUUGUUAAUUGAAUAAGGGGGUCAUUCUUGGGAAUUGUAAUAACUAUAAACUGAUUUCACUGUCGGAGAAGGGGUUUUCCCUUGGCAGAACAGAAUAAUAGAAUUUUCUCUGAUACACUUCUCCCUCAUUUCUCUUUCUUUCUCUCAAUUCUCUGUCUUGAUCUUUAAGGACCUAUCACAAAUUUACACGGUUUGGCUUUAGGUGAAGAUGGUAAAUAAGUUUGCUAAAUGUAGAAACAAAGAAUACACAUGUGGUUUAGUUCCAUUUUAUAUCUAAAAAACGAAAAGGAAAUGAGUUGCUUAAUUCCACAAUCUGAAAUACACCGAAAGUACCUCCCAUCAUUAUAUCCCAUAAUUGUGGGAUCUCACAAUAGUAUCUGAAAUAUUUUUCUUAAAGGCACACACCUCACUGCCUAAAUCUCUAUUGUGAUACAUCUCUCAUUCUCGAAAGACCCAAACUAAAUGAGAUCUGAGGAUGUCUUGUAAAGUUACAUGCACAGCCUUUAUGUUUAAUGCCCCUUGGUAAAACCACUGGCUUGUGUUAAAGCCAAAUAA